AUGGAUCGUUGGCAGAAUAAAGUAGCUGUGGUGACCGGAGCAUGUUCCGGAAUUGGUCAAGCUGUGGCCAAAGAUCUCUUGAAGGCUGGAAUGAAAGUUAUUGGUUUAGACAUUAAAGCAAAUAAAAAUGAGCAAUGUACUAUUGGUGAGUUCUAUCUAAAAGCUUGUGAUAUUUCUAAAGAAGAUGAGGUAAUUGAGUCAUUCAAAUGGCUUAGAGAAACUUUUGGUGGCGUUGAUGUUUUAGUGAAUUGUGCUGGAAUAGUCAGAAAAAAUAUGUUAACAAAUCCUGGAAAUGCAGAAGACUUACGAAAAGUCUUAGACAUCAAUGUAUUAGGACUAUGCUUCUGCACCAGAGAAGCUUUUAAUUCUAUGAAAGAGCGCGACGUUGCUGGUCACAUAAUUCAUAUCAACAGUUUAUAUGGACAUUCGAUUUCUGCUAAUCAUAAUACACCACCUACAAUGAAUAUGUAUCCAGCAUCAAAAUACUGUGUUACUGCUUUAACUGAAUUACUUCGACAAGAAAUGAUGUAUCUUCAAAGCAAGACAAAAGUCACGAGUAUUAGUCCAGGAGUUGUAAAUACUGGUAUUUUGAAUGAUAUAUUUCCUGAACCCGAUCGAAAGGAAUUCUUCAAUCAAAAUCCACAUCUGCAACCAGAAGACAUUUCACAAGCAAUUAUGUACUGUUUAAGCACACCAGAACAUGUCCAGGUUCAUGAGCUGACUAUACGCCCUAUUGGAGAUAAGUUUUAGGAAAAAAUAUUUCAUUUAUUUAUUUGCAUAAAAACGGCG